AUGAGCGGUAACCUGGCACCACCGCAAAUGCAAAUGGAUCAGUUCCCCAACCUGGACCAACAGCCCGCCGCUGCCCAACCGACCCUGGCUCCUGGACGAAGCGCCAGUCCGGAGCAGAAAGACAAGGAAGAACAACCCAAAAAAAAGAGAAGGGCAACUGUCAGAGCAUGCGAUGCUUGUGCCAUCCGAAAAGUUAAAUGUGAAGUACAAAGACCCUGUCACCACUGCGUGGCCAAUGGCCUCAAGUGCACUCAGAUACGGACCCGGAAGAAGUCCGGCCCCAAAAACUUGCACCGCAAGACCUUGGACUACAUAAACAGUCUUCUGACCAAGGAAACUCCGCCGGUUCCUGAAACUGCCUCAAACAAUUACCCAGAAUCAGCCCUAAUUGCAUCGAACCACCGCCACCAUCCCAUAGAGCCGCUACCGAUGGCCCUCACGUCUUCGGUACCGGUGCCCGUGGAUCCACACCUGUCGCGGUUCACCACAGAUGAUCUUGUGACGGUGAUCCGGUUGGUGAACGAGCCCGUAUUUAACGCAGUGCUUCAGGAAGUGACUAUUCGGCUGUUGUUGUCGAACAAUGACAAGUUGAUCACGUUCAUUGACGAGAACAUGAAGAACAUGUUGUCGUUGGACCUGAUCCUCAACUCGUCCGAUCCGGUGUUUUUGUCCAAGGCAUUGGCCCUUUUAUCGUUCUGUUUGGUGGUGAUUGAAAAUGCCAUCGAGUUAUUGGUGGCCAAAUUCUCCUACUCGUUCCUCAACACCAUGGAGUACUACCGGGAUCUUAAGAGGACGAUUUUAUUCAAGAUUAUGGAAAGUUUCCUGAUAAUUGACAAGCUUUUAUUGUAUCCAUUGAAACCCACCAAUCUUUUUCAGAUAUUCUACAACCAAAGCAUCGGGUCCAUUAACUUGAGCAGCUACUUCAACCUCACGCGAGACCAUGAUCCGUUGUACCUGAGCCAGCAGAAGGUGUUGCACUUGCGGAAAGCCAUCACAUACUAUCAAUUGAUUAAUCACCAUCAGAUAGGUGCCAGUAAUUCCAAGAGCUUGAAUACGUUUCAGAUCAAUGAGCUUUUUGAGAGGUUGUUUUUAUCUGAACGCUACAACUACUUGACGGCCACACAUUUGAUCAACUCCACCAACUUAUUCGACUUGAACUUGUCGUUGUCGUCCAACAAUGCGUUGUUCAACAUGUUCAAGGUCAUCAAUAGUGAUGGGUUGAUUUUCCACCGGUUGAAGUCCCAUAAUGUAUUGAUGAAUUUGCAUCAGCUUUAUAAGAUCAACCACUAUCCUGACUCAAAUAACUUGUUGACCAAGAACUAUCUCAACUUGAAGAUGAGCUUGAUCAACCUUUCGAAAAAUGACUUUUUCUACUCGAUCUUAAACCAGGUGCUUAUCUUCAAAGUAUUGAUGAUCUACUCCAACAAUUUGGAAUUGAAUGUGUUGGAGUUGGAGCUAAUCGAAGUCGUAAAAAAUCUCAACAGCAUAUUGUCAUACAACGAUGUUCUACACCUCAAUUUCUGCAACUUCAAUCUCCUUCCCCAGUUGUUACAAAUUUUAAAGAUCAACAUCGACUUUGAGAACAACUUGAACUACCUGACCGAGUUGAUAGUUUUCACCAAGAAGUUGACACCAUUUUUCAGCACCGUUAGAGACAUUGAGCAUUUCGUCAAGUCCAAUAAGAUCAUCUACGACUGGUUCGAGGAGAUGGACCAUUUGACUGCCAACAUGAACGAAAUAUUCAAUCCCCAAUCUCGGUUCAGCUCACUCCCGGUGACAGAAACAACGUCCUAUUCCUCGCCCAUCCCCAGGUCAACGUCAGAUCCGCCUGCAUUCAACCCUCAACAGCAAUCCGGUCCAUUCGUGAACGUGAACGCAUUACCAACUCUGUACCAACUCCACCACCAUCUCAACAAGUUGCAACAAAGCCAAGUCAACCUUCAGCAGAUCAACAGCCGUUCUUCAACCGAUUCUCGAGACAAGUCCGAGUUGAAUGAUCUCCUCCAGGACUUCGGUAACUCCAAGUUGAGCUCCAACUCCUCCACUAACAACAACUCAGCAAUGGUAACCAACUGUCCGACUCCUGACAUGGAUGGGCAGCCAUCACCAUUGAGCCAGCAAGCAAUACAGAACUCCAACUCCACCAGCUACCUGACAAUCAUCCAAAAUUUGGGAUUACCAGCACCUCCUAUCAUUACCACUGCCAAUAUCAACCGAGAGAACGAAGCAAGCAACUUGAGCCCCAGCAACAUCAGUGAAAGCACCAAGAACUUAUGCAAUUUGUUCACACAGAUGAAUGAUGGUAUUCCUCUGAGUCAGAACAACAGCUUAACCAACUUACUCCAGUUCACCAACUCCUCCAAUAAUGUGGCUAAUUUGAACAAAAUCUCAUCUUUGUCGAAUUUCCGGUCCUCCAAUAGUCUCAAACUCAUCAACUCGAACUCAGCCCUCAAUUUGUUCAUCAACCCGUUGGCAAACGACGAAGAUGAUGAAAAGCGUAAGAAUCUUAAGGAUAGGUUUCUUCUCUAA